GAGAGAUACUGUCAUGAAUCUGUCAUGUUAGUUCUGUGUGAUUUUUAUCGGCCCGGUUGGAUUAUUUUUCAGGUUUUGAAAUAUUUUACUAUAAAUACCUACCAAACUAAAUUGUAGUAAAUUCAAUAAAUGAUGGAAAUGUUAUAUUUAUUUUGUUCUAUAAUAUUUCAAGCAUUACUGGUUGGCAUAUUUUUUCUCAUGAUGAUAUCAGUAGUAAUUUAUCUAACGACUAAUCCUUAUGCGGCAAUUGAACGUUUCCAAGAUGAAGAAUUUUACAAAGUCCCCCAAACCAAAGCCAAAAUAAAGUUUCCAAGUAUUGAUGAUCCUCAGAGUAUAAACUUAAGCAUCAUAGUACCAGCAUACAAUGAAGAAGAAAGAUUGCCAGCAAUGUUAGAUGAAUCUAUUCAAUUCCUUGAAAAUAGAUCAAGACUGUAUCCAACCUACAAAUAUGAAAUAAUAAUUGUCAGUGAUGGCAGCAAAGAUAAAACAGUGAAUGUAGCUGAAAGUUAUGUAGAGAAGUUUGGAACUGAGAAGAUAAGAUGUUUGGAACUAAUCAAAAAUAGGGGGAAGGGGGGAGCGGUGCAGCUGGGUGUUCAAAGUUCUAGAGGAUCUUUAAUUUUAUUUGCUGAUGCUGAUGGAGCUUCUAAAUUUGAAGAUUUAAAAAAACUUGAAGGAGCAUUAGAAGAAAUGGUGAAAUAUGAUAUUUUUAAAGAACCAAGUGAAAUAGAAAAUUGCUGUGCCAUUGCUAUUGGAUCAAGAGCACAUCUAGAAAAGGAGUCUUUAGCAAAAAGAAGUAUUUUUAGGAAUAUACUAAUGUUUGGGUUCCAUUUCCUGGUUUGGCUUUUCACUGUAAAAGGUAUAAAAGACACACAAUGUGGUUUUAAACUGUUCACGCGAAGUUCCGCACGCAUUUGCUUCAAAAAUCUCCACGUGAAUAGAUGGGCCUUUGACGUCGAGCUGCUUUAUAUUGCACAAAAACUAAACAUUCCAAUAUCAGAAAUUCCAGUAAGAUGGACAGAAAUAGAUGGUUCUAAAGUGACGCCUGUUUUAUCAUGGAUCCAAAUGGGCUGGGAUCUUGGACUGAUUUGGCUAAAAUAUACUAUAGGUGCUUGGAAAAUAAAAAGUGAUAAAACAAAUUAGGCAUACGUCUUGUAUAAUAAGUGUACUUACUAUUUAAUUAACAAAUUUAGCUAUUACAGCUGCUUUUCAAUUUUCAUUUGAAUAUUAGCGUUUAUGUGAAUAGUCAAAUGAAUAAUGAUAGAUACUUACAU